AUGGCCUUGGCAGCACGUCUCGCGCGUCUGCGCAAGCUCACCGAAGCAGACCUGAAUGCCCUGCCUGACCGCCCUCCAGAGCAAAUAGUCAGCGACAGCGAAGACUCAGGUGGUGUCGCCCUUGACCCCGACGUGCCCAGCAAACACCACGUCGCUGUCCCCCCACAGCCUGACCCAAAGCCCGCCGUCGACCCGAGUACUGACCGCCGAUACGUCUGGCUUAAAGACGCCGAGAGCUCCUACAACCCAGCAUCCGUAUCCAAAUCUGCCACCACGGCACCUCCCACUCUGGCUGCUCCUCUCCCCGCCACGGCUCUCAAGCGUGGUGACCUUGGCUCGGCUACGCAGCACUACUCACCAAUAGUCGCCCUGUCCAAGUAUCCGUACAAGUGGUGCAACAAACUGCACUCGCAGGACAUUGCCUCUGCCUUCUUCGACCAGGGCAAGUUUUGGGCUCGCGAGUGGGACCUCUACUACGUCUGGGACAUUGACAACCAAGCCAAGCCUCUCGUCCUCGUCUGCGAGACCCAGGUUCAAGCCCUCCUCGGCGACAUCAACAACCACCUCCAGCUUGGCCUCCGCAUCACUGACCAGCAACGCGAGGACGCGCUUGUCAGCCGCUUUCCGGAUCAUCCGCGCUGCACACCUCGAUAUCUUGGACGCUCGCACUCUCGCGAAGACUACGACAGCAUGAUUCGCAACGCCCCAGACCAUGACUUCCGCGCGCAGGGAGAGCCAGAGAAAGCCCCACUUGACGACCUCAGUCUGGAAGCCUUCAAGCAGUUGAUGGAAGAGUCCUUUGAAGCGCAGAGAGCCAAGAACAAGGCCACCAAAGCGAAGAAGCAGCAAGAACGAAUCCUGAAGCAGAAGACGCUGUCAGACCAGUUCAAGCGCGCUCAGCGAUACCUUGGUCUGCGACCCAAUGCGGAUGCAAACAGCGUGAAUCCAAACAGCCCUCCACCUGCCAUCGAUCCGUCACUCCCUGUUCCAUUCGCUUUUGACCAAUCCGUUGUCUUCGUAUGCGUCGACGUCGAGUCCUACGAACGUGCACAUCACAAGAUCACAGAAGUGGGUAUCACCACCCUGGACACGAGAGAGCUGGCGACCGUCGCACCGGGUGCCGAUGGUGAGAACUGGAGGCGUCUGAUCCGUGCUCGACACUUCCGCAUCCGUGACCACAUGCACUUGGUGAACUCGGAGUUCGUGCAGGGCUGCCCCGACCGCUUCUAUUUUGGCGAAUCGACAGUCAUUCCUCUGAGCGAAGCGCCUACACAUGUUGCAGCUUGCUUCUCGCCUCCAUUCGGUGCACACCACUCCAACGGUGUUGAGAGCGUGCUGGAGCUGAUGAGAGGGCUUGAUCUCAACGAGAGGCGCAACAUCAUCUUCCUUGGCCACGACACGCUGGGUGACGUCAAGUAUCUCCAGAACCUUGGCUAUGAUCCGCUGAAGCUCGAAAACCUGCUCGAGGCGUUGGACACGGCCGUCAUGUACCGCGUUUGGCGCCGCGAGCUGAACCCAACCAGACUGGGUACCAUCUUGAACGAGUUCGACAUCGCCGGCCACGGACUCCACAACGCUGGCAACGAUGCCGCUUACACUAUGCAGGCCAUGCUGGCAAUCUGCGUUCGCGAUGCUUGUAUGCGCGAAUCGCCAGAGCUCGAGAGCAUGAGGAGCAGUGAGAGGUCGGCCAGACUGGCGGCAGCAUUGGAGGAGGCCCAGCAGAAGGCGGACAACGAGGCGGCAGGCUGGAGCGACCACGAGCUUGAUGGAGACGGUGGCGCACCGGUCCCUCUCUCGAUCGACCCGCCCAAGCUCGCGCCUGCACCCGCAACACCUGACACGCCGUCCAACGGCAGUAAUCGCGGCGUAUUCCGUGGCAGGGGUCGCGGACGAGGCGGUCCGCAGUCCACCUUGUACGCCCCCGAAGGUCAUCAAGACGCCUACAACAGCGGACGAGGCCGUUCAGACCGGGGCUCUCGAAGCUACACUCGAGGCGGCCAUGUCGAGAACUCCACCCGGGGCCGCGGGCGUGGUCACCGCCGUGGAGCCUCCAACGCUUCAUCUGACAAGAGCGCGCAGAACCCUCCGGUGCACUACAAUUGGUAG